UAGCAUUAUUCAUAAUAGCAUAUGAUUCCUGCAUAUUAAUAAUAAUAAAGGAAUGUAUCCAGUUCACCAAUGUAAAGAUAGUUCUCAAUGUAAACCUUUACUCCAACAUAACAUUUGGGAGGAUAGAAUGAAGGAAUAAAAGCAUAUUAGACAGAUAUAAGAGAGAGAAAUAGAUAAUUUUAAGAUACACCUUAAUAUUAUGGAUAAUCAAUGGAAAGUAUGGCUUUAAGAAUUCAGACGCUUGAAAAAGAGAAUUAAAAUCUUAAGAGAUAGUUAGAAAAUUCUAAUCAAUAGAUUCAGAUAUUGAAUCAGAAGAUGAAUUAAAACCCUACUCAGAGUCUUCUUAAAACUACAACUUUUGAACUAGUUGUUUUAUAAAAGGCUGUAGAAUAAUUAGAAGGACUAAAGAAUGGGCUUUAGAAAAAAAAAAUAUAGGGAAGCAACAAUCAAACUACAUUACUUGAUUCCUAAAAAGAAGCUUAUAGUGAAUUCAAAAGUAAAGUUACAGUCUUGGAAGAGAAGUAGUAAUAGUUAGAAUAAUAAUAAUCUUAAGUACACACUUAUAUUUAAAUUAGACUGUGCUUUUAUUUCCUAAAGAAUAAUAAGUUUAAAAUUUACAAUCAAAUGGUCCUAUAUAAACAGAAAUUAAAGAAGAACCAAGAUAAGGGAGGAGAUUUAAUGUUAAUUCUUAAUCUGAUUCAGUUGACAACUUUACUAAAGGAAGUCCUAUUAAAUAUUUGAAUAUAAAAGCUGGAACAAAUUAAAAUGCUUUAAGAGUAUCCCCUAGAAGAAAACCAGACUUUUAGUAAAAUUGA